AUGUUCUUCGUUGACUGGGCCGGUCUUUGCAAGAUUCUUCGCCCUAACUUCGAUUCGUUCAGCUACGACUACCCGUCCAUCAUAUUCUACGAAGUUGAUCCUGACGACCUUGGGAAACUCACUGCCGAUUUAGGUGUUACUUCAGUGCCUACCUUCUUCUUCUUCACAGACGGCGCACAACUCAAUAACCUCACACCUUCUGUGGUGCCCACUCCCAGGGUAUUAUCAAUAGUAUCCAUGGCCUCCUGUCUUAAAGGGGUGAUAAACGGUUAUAAGACGACAAAUGAUUACUAG